GUACAGUACUAUAGACAACAUGAAAUUCUUGAUUGUAGUUGCUCUUGCCGUCGCGGCAGUGUCCGCUGAAGAAGCGAAGAAGACCGAGAAGCGCGGUGUUGCCGGUCUCGGUUAUGGGGGUCUUGGCUACAGUGGCCUUGCCGGCUCUGGACUCGGUGGUUAUGGUGGCUACAGCGGACUAGGCUACGCUGGUAAUGGAGGUUACGGCGGAUACGGCGGAUACGGUGGUGGAUACGGCGGAUACGGAGGAUACGGUGGUUACGCACCCGUUGCAGUAAGCAAAGUUUCCUACACUACUGACCACACCGGUUACAGCGGUCUUGGUGGUUACGGAGGAUACGGUAGCCACGGUCUCGGAGGUCUCGGAGGUUACGGAAGUUACGGAGGAUACGGUGGAUACGGCUCAUACGGAAACGGCUACUACGGCUCCUCAGCUGCCGGUUACGGAGGUCUUGGCUACGGCGGUUACGGCCACGGUCUUGGCUACGGAUACCACUAAACUAUAACAUGACAACUACAUUAGAUGGCACUGCUAACUAACAUCUGUCUCAUACAUUUUUUAUAUUGUAAUACUUUAUUGCUUUUUAAUUAGUUGCUAAAGUAUUUCAAUACUAAUUAAUUGAUUCGCAACAAAGAAUAGCCAUUUGGUGACGAUAUAAUGUGUUCAUAUAAAUACUCAACCGGAGAGCAUUCAUGGCAAAUUAAGAUCAUUAAAAAUACCUUUUGUGAUAUUUUAUACAAUGAAUUUAAUGUAUCAUUUGUAAAUAUGUAAUAAAAUUAUUAUAUAUACAUUACUUUAUUAUUGUUUCACAAUAUUUAAUUCUAAGUGAUAUACCUUAUAAGAGCUGUAAUCUGGGCAUAUAAAUAACAGUAGGUAUUUUCAAGUCAGUAAUGUCGUUUGUUAUUUAUUAAUUUAUACAUCUUAAGUAUUCGUGAAGUACCAACCAAGUUACCAAUACGGCAAAUAAAACAAUUAUUUAACGCAACGCAUUUUGGUAACCACGACUGCCGUAAUGAGAACUGUGUAAAUAAUGUAAUAAAUUCAUUUCAUCCAAUCACAUUCUAUACAUACGUUUGUAUUAUGUCAACUGUCAUUGUAUUAAGUCAACUAUCAUUAUCCUCUAAUCUAUCAUGUUCUGUGUAUUCCUAGACUCAGAAUAUUUUAAGUAUAGUGUUGAACUGCGUUUAAUAUUUUUAACCUUCCAGCAUUACAAAAAUAUUUAAAAAAAACAAAUUACUGCGGUAAUAGAAUAACCUUUUGACAGCUACAAGACUACUUCUACGAUUUUCUCCUCAGGAUGGUAAUUCAAUAUUAUGUAAUAUACAAACUAACACAAUUAGUGAA